GUCCUUCGGUUCGCUACCGGGAUUUGGUCCUCAGCCGCAGCGACCUCACAGCACUGUCACUGUCAUGCGUACAGCUGGGCUGCACGUAGGCACGAUGUCCCGCCGUCGACUCUCCUUUCUCCCGUUCCCUCACUUCACUUCAGCCCUUCGACUCAUACCGUCCUUGGACCCCCUCCUACGGUUUCUUCAUCUCAUGUCUACCCGAGGUCGACCCACAAGGAAGAGGUCGAGUGACGUGCCAGCGGACAGCAACAAGGAUGAUGACCGUAUGACAAUCCACUGGGUUGGAAAACACUCAUACCGCACGGAGAGGCUCUUGGCCUGGCUCGUGGAGCAUCAGAAGGCACGGCGCGAGCUCCUUGGGGACGAUUGCAACGAGGCCCGAGAGGAGGGGCGCCCUAUCUCUGCAGGCAGCUCGUCGCGCUCAGUUCAAUGCAGAGUGAUUGCUGAGGAAAUUUUUCGAACUGACUUGGACGACAAGGUGGUUUCCUGCCGUACAAGGCUGAACGAUCGUGUAUGGAGACGCAUUCAGGCAUUGAAGAAGGACUACGGCGAGUACAUAAGGUUGCUGAACACGACCGGCUACGGUCUCACCGAGAGGGACAAUGCCGAUGGUAUCUUGACAGUGGAAGACAAAGCGUGGAGAGAAGCGAGGCUAGACCCCGAGUGGAAGGAAUCUAUGGUCCAAAUCUUUGGUAGAAGGCCCUCCCUCGUGCUCACGGGAGCGUCCGCGGAACCUGGCCAAGACCUUCAAGGAGAAGCAUCUCGGCACUGGAACAUGCGUCAGGCAGACGCCUUGCGCCCUGCCACGCCCGUUGAUUCCACUCCGGAGAUGCCGAUGCUGCAGCCUGGGAUGUGGUCUAACGUCGAAGGAGGGGCUGAGGGGCCUUUGGACGACUCAUGGUUGAGCUACGCUUUCGGCCAGGGUGCCAGUGCCGGGGACGAUCAAAUCAUUGCCGAGGGCGGCAACCGGAUCUCCAGUGAUAACGUCCGUGACGAUGCACUCCCCCCUGACCUCGACUUCGCCCUGGGGCUUGGGCCGAAGCCACCGAACGCGCAUCAACUUGAAUACCUCCAACCGUCCGCUAGCGCAUCCGCUGAGGUUCAACACCAAGCUCCGUCACGUGGAGACCCCACAAGCCUCACAGCGUCCAGGUCAGGAGUAUCUUCAGCCACGCAGUUGCACGUCAGCCCUGCUACCGCACACGCGGGUACGGUCACCCGCGGCUCCCUAUACCACUUCUCGCCUACAGCGAGUGAGACGUCCAGUAUCCAUAGUGUCCCGUCCCCCUCCCAUUACCCUCCUUCGCUGCAUAGUGCUGGGUCGUCGCUCUCCUCCCUCCAUGCGUCCAUGAACACCUGGACUGUCUCGACGUCGUCUCUGCCCUCUCACGCAAGUAUACGGUCCCCGUUGUCGCCAUCUUCUACAGCCGUUUCGUCGCAGGGGGCACCUCGUGUUGUGACUGGCAAGCGGCCAUCCGAGAAGACCUCUUCGUCCGCAUCGAAGAAGAGCCGGACGAGCGCCGGGGCAAAGACUGCCUCGGCACAGCCAGACAUGAGUGGUAUCAGCGAGCGGCUGGACGCCGCUGCACAGGUGCACGACGAGGUCACGAAGGCUGCGUUGUUGAGGGAGGAACGGGCGACGUUAAAGGCAAAGGCGUUGCUAAAGCGCGAGGAGGUGAAGGAAAUCCAGGCGCAAACGGAUAAGCUGAACGCGCAGAGCCUCAUGAUGAGGACAGUCGCAAACCAAGGGUUUGCAUACAUCCCGGACGACCUUAAGGACAACAUCACUCCGAGCCUGAUGCCCUACGGCGUCAACGUUCCUUACGGCGUCAACGUUCCUUACGGCGGCAACGUUCCUUACGGCGGCAACGGUCCCUACGGCGGCGGCAACACUCCGUACGCCGGCGGCAACGCUCCCUACGCCGGCGGCAAUGCUCCCUACGCCGGAGGCAACGCUCCGUACGGCGGCGGCAAUGCUCCCUACGCCGGCGGCAACGCUCCAUACGGCGGCGGCAACGCUCCCUACGGCGGCGGCAAUGCUCCCUACGGCGGCGGCAAUGCUCCCUACGGCGUGGGCGCGACGCCCUUCACACCACUCGGGCCUGUUGCACCCUACCCACCCAUCACAAACAUCGCCCCCACCGGGCCUGUCAUGCCCGUCACACCUGUUAUGUCGCCUGCUCACAUUGUGCCCGUCUCGCCCAUCGCCCCUGUCACCCCUGGCUCGUCGUUCCCCGUCGGUCCCACUGCGCCCAUUGCACCCUUCACACCCUUAGUACACGUCGCGCCCGUGUCCGCUGCGUCGAUCGUGUCAAUUGCGCCUGCAUCCACUGCGGCCGUCGCGCACGUUGCGCCUGCGUCCGCCGUGCCUGUGUCUGUCGCACCCACGUCCGUCGCACCCGCGUCCACUGCAUCCGUCGCAUCCAUUGCGCACGUUGCGCCUGCGUCCGCUGCGUCUGUCGCAUCCGUCGCGCAUGUCACACCUGCGUCUGCUGCCCCCGUUGCCCCCGUUGCUCCCAUGUCGCCCGACCUAGCUGAGGAUCUCUAUGAGUAG